AUGGAGCCCACUUCCAAGAACUUCCUGGAGGAGGGCCCCCGUCGCACAGCGGUUGCCAUGUCGUGUGCCGUCUGGCUCGUGCUCGGCGGCUUUGUGCUCGUGGUCCGCGUGGUGAGCCUGGUGAGGCGCAAGUCAGCUUCAUGUUCGGUGGGCCACUGCCUGGUCCAUUUGGUCAGAUUCUGCAGACGCUCCGUCUCCAUGCUCUUCAGCACGGAGAGCGGCCCCGCCGCAAAGGAGCUGCAGAAGAGGCGCCUGGUCCGCGCCCACAGCUGGCUCAUGCAUGGCUUCUUAGUCGCCUCGAUGACUGUCGUAGCCCCUCUUCGUACGGGCCAUCAACCCAUUCCCUCGCUUCCAUUCGUCGGUGCAGGACGUCUCCACGUUGGCGGGCUGCUUCAUUGUUCUCUUUCUUGUGGCAUGCCCUAG